UCAUCAACACGUCCUCUCGCUCUCUGUGAAUCCUCUGGACAUUCACCUGCUCUAUUCUUACAUGGACUCACUCAGAAACUUCAUUAGGAGGCUGCAGGAAAAGUUCCAGAAAAUGUCCACAACAACUUGACUUGUCUUUUAUUUUCAAACAUGAACUUUAAUUCUUUAUCCAGGUUGUUGAGCUGCAGUCUGUCAGAGAUCAGCUGUUCUUCUCUGGCUUCAGCUCUGAGGUCAAACCCCUCUCACCUGAGAGAACUGGAUCUGAGCUUCAACAACCUGCAGGACUCAGGAGUGAAGGAGCUGUGUGGUUUUCUACAGAGUCCAACCUGUCAACUGGAGACUCUGAGGUUAAGGAGCUGCAGACUGUCAGAGAUCAGCUGUUCUUCUCUGGCUUCACCUCUGACGUCAAACCCCUCUCAUCUAAGAGAACUGGAUCUGAGACUAAACAACCUGAAGGACUCAGGAGUGAAGGAGCUGCUUGAUCUACAGCAGAGUCCAACCUGUCGCCUGGAGACUCUGAGAUGGGAUGGACCUAUGUGGAGGUGAGUGUGAAGAGGACAGUGUGUGUGGACGGAGGCUGAGCUGUGUCCUGAGGAUCCAAAGGCUGAAGCAGCAGCAGCUUCAUUUUCAAGCCCAUCUCAGUUCUUUGUGACUUCAAGAUAAGAAGUGUUUGACAGAAAAAAAGAAGUUCAAUGGAUUCAAUAAGAUUAAGAGAAAAAGAAAAUGUCCUGACGUUUAAUAGUUUCACAUCUUCUGCAGUUUGUGUUUAUGACUGAUGAAGAAUAAGAACCAUGAAAAGAAGGAAAUGCUGUCUGAGACAGAGGACAAACAAAUACCUCAGGAUGAAGAAGAGGAUUUGUAUUUUAUAUCUGGUACUGUUUUGUAUUUGUACAUAUGUUUAUGUAACUUUACUUCAUCGACU